GCCUUUGCGCCGCGCACAGGGAAGCCCUGGCGCGCAGUGGCCGCUUCGGCCGCCGUCCGCUCCGAGUUGCUAUGGUAACCCAGCCGCCAUCACUAUGUCGUUGCCACAAGCCUCUCGGUCUCGGAUGUUCGUGGAACUGGUUCCCUGGGCGGACCGGAGCCGGGAAAACAAUCUGGUCUCGGGCGGAGAAGUGCUGCCCAUCCCCCGCCACCCGCUCUCCUCGGCGCAGGCCCAGACCUCGGCCCGCGAGGUGCACGUGAGCGGCGCCGCGGAGGUGUCUGCGAGUCCGGACCGGGCGCAGGUCGCCGUGCGGGUGAGCAGCACCAAGGAGGCGGCGGCCGAGGCCAAGAAGAGCGUCUGCCGCCGCCUGGACUACAUCACGCAGAGCCUCCAGCAGCAGGGUCUGCAGGCAGAAAAUGUAACUGUGACAAAGGAUUUUAGAAGAGUGGAAAAUGCUUAUCACAUGGAAGCAGAGGUCUGCAUUACAUUUGCUGAAUUUGGAAAAAUGCAAAAUAUUUGUAACUUUCUUGUUGAAAAACUAGAUAGCUCUGUUGUUAUCAGUCAACCCCAGUUCUAUCAUACUCCAGGUUCUGUUGAAAAUCUUCGACGGCAAGCCUGUCUUGUUGCUGUUGAGAAUGCAUGGCGCAAAGCUCAAGAAGUCUGUAACCUUGUUGGCCAAACUCUAGGAAAACCUUUAUUAAUCAAAGAAGAAGAAACGAAAGAAUGGGAAGGCCAAAUAGAUGAUCACCAGUCAUCCAAACUCUCAAGUUCAUUAACUGUACAACAAAAAAUCAAAAGUGCAACAAUACAUGCUGCUUCAAAAGUAUUUUUAACUUUUGAAGUAAAGGGAAAAGAGAAGAAAAAAAGACAUCUCUGAAAUUCCAACCAAAAUAUAUUGUGUUUAUAUCUUUUUGUCUAUUUUUAUACUUUUUAUAAUGUUUACUUUUGCAUAUAUAUAUAUAUAUAGUAUAGUAUAUAAAGUGUUUUCUCCCCAAAAUCUGUGAAUCCUUAAAUAUAGUUCCACAGAAUACUUAUGUUUACUUUCUAUUUUGAAAAUCUUACUGUGGGAAAUACUCUUUGGAAAUAAAUAUGUGCACACUUA